AUGAUGAAAAGGUUCGGGAAGCAAUUGGCUGACUUUGUAGAUUCAAAAGAUACAUUCAAAUUGGUAUUUCAAACCAGAGCACCACAUUCUUCAAUUCACAUCCUUGAUUCUUCCUUCAAUCCUCCCCAUCAUGGACACCUUCAACUAAUCAAAUCUUCCAAAAACUUAUCCCAUGUUGUACUAUUGCUAUCGAUUAACAAUGCUGACAAGCUUCCAAAACCUGCCGCUUUUGAUGAGAGACUAGAUAUGAUUUUUGAGUUCGGAGAAUGUCUCAAAACGGACAACGUAGAUUAUUCAAUAUGUUUACUGAAAUCUCCUAAAUUUGUUGAUAAGUCCGCUCAAUUAGAUAAACAAUUCCAGAAAAAGAAGUAUUUUCUAUUGGGAUUUGAUACCUUAGUUAGAAUUUUUGAUCAAAAGUAUUACAUUGAGCCAAUAGAGGUUGCUUUAAAAGAGUUUAUGGAGGGUAAUGAGUUCAUUUGCGUUACAAGAUCACGAGACUAUGAACAUCAAAUAAAUUAUUUGAAGGAUUUACUGAGCGGAAACUCCCUGUUACCAAGUAUAUGGGCUGAAAAAAUCAACUUGUUUCCAAAUGGGGAAUCUUCAAACGAAAUCAGCUCCAGUCAGAUUAGAGAUAGAGUGAAAGAAGGCGAAUCCAUCAAAGGUUUAACCUUCGACACUAUAGUGGAUUAUAUUGACAAUUUAGAUUUAUAUAAAGAUUGA